GGAGCUAGAGCAGGGGGAGAGAGAGAGAGAGGGAGGGAGGCUUAGAGCUUGAGAGAGAGAGCGCAGGAGCGGACGCAAAUCCACCGAGAGAGAGAGAGAGAGAGAGAGAGAGAGAGAGCGAGAGAGAGAUUUGAAGAAAACAAACACAGCAGCGGAGGCAGAUUGAGGGGGAAAAAAGGAGAGAGUGAGAUAGAGAGAGCUUCACGUGAGGGGAAGAGCAACAACAAAGACACAGACAGAAAGUAAGAGAGAGAGAGAGAGAGAGAGAGAGAGAGAGAGAGAGAGUAGUGGCUGGUCCACUCGGUUAUCUGUCUCCAUCUGGGUGCCAUCUGUGUCUCUGGCUCUGGCCUUCUCCACACUGGAGCUCACAUAUGUGGGAAUGCAAACACAUGCCUGACAUAUGAAGGCGUGGAGUCACAGAAAGGGACAAAAAGGAUAAGAAAGACAAACACACACCCCCCCUCCACGCCACGGCACGGCACGGCACGGCACAGCACGGCAGCUGACUCUCUCCAAGGACUGAGGAGUGGACUCUACUAGAGUGGAGACAGUAGAGAGAAGAAGAGCCCUGCCAUGCCCGGUUCUCCUGUGGAUGCUAAGACUCAUUCUAGAUCAGCCCCGAGCAGCAGCGCCAGCUCCACCAUGCCACCCCUGCCUUCUGUCAACCACAGCGGCCCUCGCCCGGCCUCCUUUUCCACCACAGCAUUAACCAAUGGGAAUCAUCAUUCCCCGCCAACCCUGAAUGCAGUGCCAUCUCCACCGCAGCGUUACAGCAACGGACCAUCCUCUUCCUCUUCCUCAUCGCUGGCCAACCAGCAGCUGCCGGCCACGUGCGGGGCCCGCCAGCUGAGCAAGCUGAAACGUUUCCUGACCACGCUGCAGCAGUUUGGCAACGACAUCUCUCCUGAGAUUGGAGACAGCGUCCGAAGCCUCGUUCUGGCCCUCGUGAAUUCAACAGUUACCAUUGAGGAGUUCCAUUCGCGGCUUCAGGAGGCCACAAACUUCCCCCUACGGCCCUUUGUUAUUCCUUUUCUCAAGGCAAACCUGCCCCUUCUGCAGAGAGAGCUACUCCACUGUGCACGGGCAGCCAAGCAGACCCCGGCCCAGUACUUGUCCCAGCACGAGCAUCUCCUGCUGAGCACCACCAUGGCCUCGUCUCCGGACUCCUCGGAGCUGCUGAUGGAGCCUCCCGAGGCCGUCACCAAGAGACACAGCCCCAACAGAGCCAAAGAGAACGGUUUCCACGAACGUCCACCCCCAGCCAUGGAGCCCGCCGCCAAACGGAUUUGCACCAUCAGCCCCGCUCCCCGACACAGCCCCGCCCACCCGCUGCCCCUCAGCGCCCAGCUUCACCCGACCCCUCCGCCCUUGCAGCACUACGCCCUGGACGACAUCGCAGCACCGCACAUCCUGCACCGCGAGCACAGCCAACGCAUGUUGGAGAUCCGCGAGCUCAAAGACAGGCCCAGACUCCCUGGCACUAACGGGGGCUACCGAGAGGAGCCGGUGGACCACAGACUGACAGACAGAGAGUGGGCUGAUGAAUGGAGGCAUCUGGACCAUGUGCUGAACUGCAUAGUGGACAUGGUGGAGAAGACACGGAGGUCAGUGAGUGUGCUCAGACGAUGCCAGGAGUCGGAUCGCGAGGAGCUCAACUACUGGAGACGGCGUUCGAGCGAGCAGGAGGACCCACGCAAAGGAGGCUCGGGCUCGGCUCCCUUCUCGAAGACACACAGCCCCCACUCUGCAGAGUCGGACUCCCAGCGCGACUGUGCUCCACGGCCAGGCUCAGCAUACGUUACAGAUGAGAUCUGGAGGAAAGCUGAAGAGGCGGUGAAUGAGGUCAAGCGUCAGGCCAUGGACGAGGUUCAGAAGGCAGUAGCAGAGGCUGAGCAGAAGGCUUUUGAGAUGAUCGCUUCUGAGAGGGCCAAGAUGGAAAAGACUCUGGUUGAUGCGAAGAAGAAGGCUAAAGAGGACGCCAUCAUGGUCAUCAAUGAGCAGGAGGACUCCAGUGAGUGUUGCUGGAACUGUGGCCGCAAAGCCAGCGAGACGUGCAGCGGCUGCAACGCCGCACGCUACUGCGGCUCCUUCUGCCAGCACAAAGACUGGGAGAGGCAUCACCUCAUCUGCAGCCCAGGACUUCAGGCUCAACCCAAACCAGUGUCCGCCAUCAGUGCAAGCAGAGCAGCCGCAGCAGCAGCAGCAGCCGCAGCAGCAGCAGCAGCCGGGGUGUCUCCUGUAGGCCUGGUCGGUCUCAAGGCCCCCGACAGCGUCCCUUCGGUUUCCAGUCCCGGUGGAGACAAGGCGUCGGUGGCUUCUCGCUCCUCCACCCCUUCCACCCCCGCCUCCGCCCCUGAAACCAAUGGACACUAGGACGUGAAGGACAUCGGUGGUGAACGUGUCGCCUAUCCUCUUCCAUACCGGGGAAGAAGUGAAUCAGCAGCAAGAGGGAACUAUUUGUGGGUUAAGUUAGGAUAACAGAUUUUUCUUCACACUCUUUUGGCAGAGAGAAAUAACAGAUUAUAGAUGACUGUUUGAGUGAUAUGUCAACUGGGACUUUGGCUUUGGCAAAGAACAGAAGGGAACGUCUCGAAUGCCUCUAUUGGAUGAACAGAUCUCCGUAACAGAUGGAAACGUGUUCGUCCUCGUCCAAAACCACCAAAAUCUUGGAUCUGCAAGGGGCGGGAAAAAAAACCCAAACUGCUUUUAUCUCUGGAAGUUAUGAAAGAAAGCGUAUGAGAAAAGACAGAAGAGAUUUUAUAAAAAGCAGUAAGGUUUAAAAGGCGCCUCCCCUCACUUUGUUGUGUAUAGAUUUAAGAUAGUGAGGUGGUGGUGGAAAAUGGAAACAGUGUAAUAGUACCAGCCAUAAAGCAUCUGUCUUCUUCCUGUAGGAACAUCUGACAGGAGACCACAUAAGGGUCGUCUCUGCAGCUCCUCCUGUAUACAUAAAUAUUUGCUCGCCAACUUCUUGUCAGGUAUUCAUGUGUGUGAAUGCGUGCGUCAAACGGUCGUCCAGUCAGUGAAUAUUGUACAGCAUAUAAAUCACUUUUUGUCAAAGCAAUAUUAAAAAGUGAAGUGUUCAGGUAUCUCAAGCCGUUUCUGCAUCACCAAAGUUUUCAGUCGCAAGAGAGAAAGAGAAAGUCUUUGUCAUCUCCUGUAAAUGUCUUGUGAACAAGAGAAAAUUAUACACUAACCCCACAUCAUAUCUACUUUUAUAAAGAGCUUAACUAGGAACUCCGGUGAUUUUCUUUCAUUUCUGAUCAUCGGGCGUCUUCAAAGUACAGAGAGAAAGGUGAUGGUGAUUGGUUCAAGUAAGGGCAGGAAGGUGAAGUUAAAAAAAGAUUUUUCACUCUGGUUGCAGUUUUAUUUUGGCACUUGUUGGCAUCACCAGGUGUGUAUGGCGGGGUCGGACGCCGCUCUAAAUCUUCCACCAUUGCAAUGUUUGCAUCAGGGGAUUGUAAUUCAGCAUUUCCAGUACAGCUUUUCACAAAAGGGAUGACUCAUUGAAAUAGAACUAAUCAAAAAGGGAGAGAAAUCUCACUGGUGCUCACGUUGCCGUGGUGAAGGUUUAGAGCAGCGACUCGGUCCCACGGAGAAUCUCAGGAGGCAGCUAAAAUGUAUUUGUAUGUACAGAUCAUUAUGUUCUUUUUCCCCCCUUUUGUCGCAGUUAGGUUCAAGUCAAAAGUUUAGUGAGAGUCUUUGAUUUAUCAUACUCUGCUGUUACAACUGAGACAUUGUUCUUGUUUUUUUUCCGUUUAUUGUAAGAUGACUUUGUAAAGAAUAUUAUGAGAGAAUGCCUUUAUUUUGUGAGCCACGAUUUUCUUCGUUCUUAUAACACGUUCUUUUGUUAUGAUGCAUAACUUCAUAUGAAAAAAAAGAUAUCUUGACAUGAAGUAU